AUGCACAAAUGGACGCUGCAAUGGAAACUGCCAGACUUGCAGUGCAGACUGUGGUUGCAGGUUUUGCUGCUCUUAAGCGGCGUACGCGCGUGCGGCGGCGAUAGAGUCGGUGAGGCGUCUGUGACCGACUGUUCCAAACACGAACGCCACGCCAGGAACUACGACUACAUGGAAGGGGGGGACGUUAGAAUCCGACGCCUUUACAGUCGAACGCAGUGGUUCCUCACCGUGGACGAGUACGGGAACAUCAACGGAACCCAGGACCCCAACAACUGCUAUAGUGUUCUGGAGAUCAGGACCGUGUCUGAGGGCGGUGUGUUGGCCAUAAAAGGACUGAAGAGUCAGUAUUAUAUUUCCAUGAACCGCACAGGAAUGCUGCAGGGGACGAAAGAUUACAACGACAGCUGCAACUUUAAAGAAGUCUUUUUAGAAAACUACUACACGGCGUACUCGUCUGUCAAAUGGACUAAAAACGGAAAAGAGAUGUUCAUCUCUCUGUCACAAAAGGGCCGGCCUCUGAAGGGAAAGAAGACGAGAAAAGAAAGCGUUGCUUCUCACUUCAUCCCUAGAAAGUGCAGAGAGGAUGAGAAGACGCUGACGUAAUAAAAACAACAUCAACUCAUGAGUUAUUUAUACAGUAUUAUUCAUGUCAUCAGAUAAAACACAUUCAGUCCCUGCUGCUUAAGAUCAGGAAUAUGAGGAGUUAAGCGAUGAAAAUGUGUUAGACUCAUGUAAACAAACUGUUUUAAAUAUUCAUCUUUGUAUAAAGUCUUUUUGUAUUUAAGAUAGAUAAGAGUCUAUAAAAGUAGAAACCUUUAUAACAAUUUUAGGAAAUAAAAUAAAAAUGCCAAAAAAAAAAGCAUAAUUUACACAUUUGGCAGAUGCUUUUUUUAAUCUAAAGUGACUUACAGUGCAUCAUAAAUUCUCAUCAGUAUGUGUGUUUUCUGGGUUUGAACCCAUGAUGUUUUGCGCUGCUAAUGCAAUCCUCUACCACUGUGCUAUACAGGAGCAUCAUAAUGCAUUUAAUACAAAUCUCUUCAAUCAUGACACAGAAGUUUGAU